AUGGCUAACACAGUACUGAUCGGAAAUAGUACACAAUCGGUGAAUACGCCACCGAGUGGUGUUUCAGUGUCAAGUACAAUACCAGCACUUUCGAGUGGCACACAGGAGGUCUAUAACACUGCGGGAUCUAUAACGUUACCGAUUAACACACUUGGGGUAGGCAAUGGAACAUCUUCGAUGGCGCCACCGUCAAGCACCAGUUCGAAUCAAAUUACACCGGAACUGGUAAGCAGCACACAGGAGCCUUACUUUAAUUCACUUAACUCCACGUUAUUGACUAACACAGUGCUGAUCGUAAAUAGUACACAAUCAGCGAAUACAAUGCCGAGUGGUGUUUGGGGGGAAAAUACAUUACCAACACUUUCGGGUGGUACACAUGCUCCUCCUCUCAGUUCGGCGUCUGUUACAUUUCCGAUCAACACAUUAGGGGUUACCAAUGGAACAUCCAUGUCGAAUACAAUUAUUGAUAUCGUGAAUCAAACGUCUACGUUUGCUACGAAUUUAAGUACGUUGAACGCAAUAUCGGCAAUACCAGUUGUAACUACUCGAGAGAUACUAUCUUCAAUUAUGUUGAGUUCGGUUCCGUCAUCGACAUUAUCAAGCACUGUGUCGAGUAGUUUCCCUUCAACUGUCAGUCAGCGGCUGCCGAGUAGUUCUAGUAGUGCUUCUUCAAUUUCGAUCAACACUGAAUCAAACACGAUGAAUACUCAUUUGUUAUCAGCACCGAAUGUUAGUCAAACAGGCUCGUCGGCGACCGUAACUAGUUCAGUGGAAACUGAGAUGAUAUCCAACUGGUUAUAUUCGUUACACACUAUGAGUAAGGCACCUUCAACAUCAUCUUCAUUGAACGUAGGUUAUGCUGAAAGCACAAAUAAUCCAUCUCUGCCAACUGGUAAUACAGUAUUUUUGACUUCAACAAUUUCGAAGGAAUCAUUCUCGAAGAGCUCUACGGAAUCUAUGAUAACAAUUGGAACAACAGGCUACUUGUCUAGUUUAUCUAGUCCUUUAGAAUCCGAUACUACUACUCAAAGGAUAUCGACAUCAACUCCUACAGUGACUGUUUCACAUCUUGUAUCUUUACUAUUAACAACAUCUAAUGUAUCAAUAUCUAAUGAAACAUUUGGAGUACAGAAUACGAUAUCAAGUUUUCCUUUUACAACUGAAACCGUUACCAACACAACUAAUGCGAUACCCUCGACUGAUUGUGUUUUUCCAUUUCUUUAUCUUGGUCAAUGGUAUGAGAGAUGUAUAAGUGAUAGUGUCAACGAUAGUUGGUGUUCAUUAACGUCCGAUUUUGAUCGAGAUCACCAAUGGAAAUAUUGUCAAGCACCUCGUAUUAAAACUAUGGGUGGUACAGGAAAUGGAAGUUAUUGUGUUUUUCCAUUUGUUUAUCAAGGAACAUCAUUUUCAAGAUGCAUUUAUCGCACAGUAACUACUCAAACAACAACAUCAUUUUCAUUAUUUUGUUCAGUCACAUCGAAUCUUGAUCAACAUGGGUUAUGGGGAUAUUGUUUAGAUUACGAUUCAUGCUACUUUCCCUUUAUUUACAAUGGCAUAACCUAUUCAGAUUGUGUUAGUGGACCACAAUCAGCACGUUGGUGUUCAACAACAGUUAAUUUCGAUCGUAAUAAAAUGUGGAGUAAUUGUCCUGGUAUGCUAUAA